GCCCGCGGGAGCCCGGCCCCCGGCAUGGAGAGGCGUGCGGCCGUGGGGCCGGACGGGGCGCCGGGCGCCCGGGCGCAGCUCGCCGUCGUCUGCCUGGUCAACAUGGUUCUCUCCGGGCGGCUCGGCAGCGCGGUUCCUGCUCUAGCCACUUGCAGCGGGAAGCCAGAGCAGCACACGGAGCGGCACGGUGUCAUCUUCAGUCCAGCCUGGCCCCUCAACUACCCCCCCGGAACCAACUGCAGCUGGUACAUCCAGGGAGACCGCGGGGACAUGAUCACCAUCAGCUUUCACAAUUUUGAUGUGGAAGAGUCCCACCAGUGCUCCCUGGACUGGCUCAUGCUGGGUCCUGCGGCCCCCCCGCACCAGGAGGCCUUCCGGCUCUGCGGCUCUGCCAUCCCUCCCGCCUUCAUCUCCGCCCGUGACCACGUCUGGAUCUUCUUCCACUCGGACCCCUCCAGCUCGGGCCAGGCCCAGGGCUUCCGUCUCUCCUACAUCCGAGGGAAGCUGGGCCAGACAUCCUGCCAGGCCAAUGAGUUCCGCUGCGACAAUGGCAAAUGCCUGCCUGGCCCAUGGCAGUGCAACAGUCUGGACGAGUGUGGGGAUGGCUCCGAUGAGGGCAACUGCUCGGUGCCCACCUCUGAGCUGCCAGGUAGCCUGUGCCCAGUGGGCACCUUUCCCUGCAGUGGGGCACGCUCCACGCGCUGCCUCCCGGCCGCUCGGCGCUGUGAUGGUUCCCAGGACUGCGGUGAUGGCUCAGACGAGGCGGGCUGCCCUGAUCUGGCAUGCGGCCGGCGUCUGGGCAGCUUCUACGGCUCCUUCGCCUCCCCGGACCUGUUCGGUGCUGCCCGGGGGCCCUCAGACCUGCAUUGCACAUGGCUGGUGGACACGCAGGACCCACGGCGAGUUCUGCUGCGGCUGGAGCUGCGGCUGGGCUAUGACGACUAUGUGCAAGUGUACGAGGGCCUGGGUGAGCGUGGGGACCGGCUGCUGCAGACUCUGUCCUACCGCAGCAACCACCGGCCUGUCAGCCUGGAGGCCGCGCAGGGCCGCCUCACCGUGGCCUACCACGCCCGUGCCCGCAGCGCUGGCCACGGCUUCAAUGCCACCUACCAGGUGAAGGGCUACUGCCUGCCCUCGGAGCAGCCAUGCGGGAGUAGCGGUGCAGGUGAUGCGGGGGAGCAGGGCUGUUUUUCUGAGCCGCAGCGCUGUGACGGCUGGUGGCACUGUGCUAGUGGCCGCGAUGAGCAGGACUGCCCGGCCUGCCCACCCGGCCAGUACCCCUGUGAAGGGGGCAGUGGCCAGUGCUAUGCGCCCACUGAACGCUGCAAUAACCAGAAGAGCUGCCCGGAUGGCGCGGACGAGAAGAACUGUGUCUCCUGCCAGCCCGGCACCUUCCACUGUGGCACCAACCUCUGUAUCUUUGAGACAUGGCGCUGUGACGGCCAGGAGGACUGCCAGGACGGCAGCGAUGAGCACGGCUGCCUGGCAGCAGUGCCCCGUAAAGUCAUCACAGCUGCGCUUAUCGGCAGCCUGGUGUGUGGCCUGCUGCUCGUCAUCGCGCUGGGCUGCGCCUUCAAGCUCUACUCGCUGCGCACGCAAGAGUACAGGGCCUUUGAGACCCAGAUGACACGGUUGGAGGCAGAGUUCGUGCGGCGAGAGGCACCGCCAUCCUACGGGCAGCUCAUCGCGCAGGGCCUCAUCCCCCCGGUGGAAGAUUUCCCUGUGUACAGCGCAUCCCAGGCCUCGGUGCUGCAGAACCUGCGCUCGGCCAUGCGGCGGCAGAUGCGCAGACAUGCUUCCCGCCGAGGACCCUCCCGCCGCCGCCUAGGCCGCCUAUGGAACAGGCUUUUCCACCGGCCACGGGCCCCACGCGGGCAGAUCCCGCUGCUCAGCGCCGCCCGCACCUCUCAGACCGUGCUGGGAGAUGGGCUCCUGCAUCCAGGCCCAGGAGCCACCCCGGACACCCCUGCACCCCCCACCGACCCAGGCAGCCCUGGGGCUGCUGGAGACGAGCCCCCCAGGGGUACGAGCUGUGGACCAGAGGCUGGACCUUCUGGGCUGCCGCAGGGCCCGGAGAGCAGGUCCGUGGACAGAGACAGCAAGGCCCCCCGCAGGGACGCUCAGGAGGACAUCCCUGCCCCUGAAGACCCCCUUCGGGAGCCCAGCACAGCCCCGGACCCUGCACCCCUUGCCCCCACUGCCAGCAGCGCCCCAGGCUCACACCUAGCUGAGGAGGCCCUGGACGUCUGCAGGAGCCCCCUGACGCCCUGCUCCCCAGCAACGGAGGCCAGUGACGACGAGGCCCUGCUGGUCUGCUGAGCCGCUGGUCGCGCUGGGCACAGCCACAGCCCCGCUUUGUACCCAGGGAAUACACAGUUGUUUCUA